UCAUAUAGGCAGUGACUCGGUGGCAGUAAACUUGGAUCUCCCUGACUGAGUCAGAAUGGAACAGAUCAGCGAAUAUCUGUGCAAAUAUAAGAACCACAAUUUUGCCAUCGGAUACACCACUGCAGAGUACAUUGAUUCACUCCAGACCUUUGAGAUCCGUGACAGUGACAUAUUCCUGGUCACAUAUCCAAAGUCAGGCACCAUAUGGACUCAGAACAUCAUCAUCUCCAUCUCGGAGCAAGACACUGGUCUUCCUGCUUAUCUCAACAACUCAAAGCAAAUGCCAUGGCUGGAGCACAUAGCUAGAAAUGAUGUCUACUCUCUACGGCCUUCGCCACGCCUCUUUACAUCUCAUCUCACCCCCACCCUCAUGCCUCCAGGCCUGAAGAAUAAGAGGGCAAAGAUUAUCUAUGUGAUGCGGAACCCAAAGGACAACAUUGUGUCCUAUUACCAUUUCUGCAGUAUCCUUACUUGUUUGGAGACCCCAACGAACUUUGAGGACUUUUUGGAUCAAUAUUUGGUGGGAAAUGUUGGUGGAUCAUCCUGGUUUGAUCACAUCAGGAAGUGGCAUGCUGAGAGAGACCAGUACAACAUCCUUUUCUUGACAUAUGAAGAGAUGGUUUUGGAUCUGAAGGCAGCAAUAUUUAAGAUCUGCAGCUUCCUAGGCAAAAACCUGAGUGAGGCAGUGAUUGAUCAAAUUGUUGAGAAAACUACUUUCAAGAACAUGAAGAAUGACCCAAAAGCCAAUUAUCAGUUCAUGCCAGAGGAAAUGCUCAAAGGACAAUUCAUGCGCAAAGGUAAGAUCGGUGACUGGAAGAACACCUUUACUGUGGCCCAGAGUGAGACGUUUGAUCAGAUCCUUCAGGAGCGACUGGGUGAUCUGGGACUGAAGUUCAUCUGGGACACUGAGCUGCCACCACAACCUUAGAAGAUGUUUGUCACAGUCCAAGAAAUAAGCAGCUCAAACAUUCAUAGGCCUUGUGGCACCACAUGUCUGUAUAUGUCUUAUGACAAAUUAUGCUGUUCAUGUGUAAU